AUGUCUUCUCCUGCCGUGAGCAAAGCACCCGCUAAGCUAGGCUCUAAGGCCGGAACGCCUGCCAAAGCCCGGAAAACAUCCGGAUCCAGUGGAACCAGCAAGCUCAGCACUACUGCCGCAAGCCCCCAAACCACGAAGAAAACUACACCCCGCAAAGUCUCCCAGAAAGCCCCAGAACCACUCGACCAUGAGAUCGAAGAACAAUCCAUUCCAGAGACACCCUCCCCAAAGUCGAAGAAGCGCACUGAGCAGCGCCGCCCUAUCUCUCCACCUGAUGACACAGUCUCUCAGACGCCUUCCGCCUCCGGCUCCGUAGCCCCACUCGGCCGCGCUGCCUCAAGCUUGACCGGUAAGGCCAAGGGUCUCGCUGGCAAGACAGAGGAGAUAGUCAAGAAAGGUCCCGAGAGUGUCCAGAAUGGUGUGAAGAAUGCCACCGAGACUGCCGCUAAUAACCUGCCUGUGCCGUUCGAUCUUUCUGCACUGGAGGGUCUUGAGGUCGCUGAGGGCGGGAAUAUCCUCGGAAAAUAUGGGAGCCCCAUUGGAAAGGUUGUUGAGGGAGACGCGGAGGAUCUUGUGGGACGGACUGUUGGCGAUGAUGGGGAGAUUGUCGAUGAGGAGGGUGAUUUAAUUGGUCGCGUCGAUUUCCUGCACGAGGUCGCGGACCAGGCUAACAAUGCUGCGGAAGACGCCCAGAAAAGCGUUGGAGAGAUUCACUUGGAGAAAUUCGUUACGGAUAUCGCUCAACUUGAAGGGCUGCCUGUUUCUGAUGGCGGUGUUAUCAAGAAUGCUACUGGUCAGAUCGUCGGCCGCAUCGUUGAGGGUGACCCGGAAGACCUUAUUGGGUAUACCCUCAAUGAAGAUGGUGAGAUCGUUGAUGAUGAAGGAGAUGCCAUUGGCCGGGUAGAUUUGAUUUCUGUUGAGGAGCAGAAGAAGGCCAUUGAAGGUGCUGCUGAUGAUGCCACUGAUAAGGUCAGUGGCGCUUAUGACGAUCUUGAGGAUCAGUAUGAAGAUGCUCAGAAUGAUCUCUCCACUGAAAAGUCUAAGAUUGCUAUUGAAAGCGUGGCUGAUGAGGCCGAGGAAGAUAUUUCCGAUGCUAAAGCAGAUGUCGACAAGGCCAAGUCCACUGCCAAAGAUGCCGCCCCAGACGCUGAAGACGCGACCGAUGCUGUGGACAGUGCUGUCGAUGACACCAAGGACAGUGCCAAAAAGAACAAUGUUGGCCUGGAAGAAAAUGUCGAAGGUGCCACGGACGAUGCUGCAGAUACCGACAAAGACGCUGGUGAAGAUGCCACGGUUACCCUUGAUGACAAAGUCGAAGGUGCUAACGAUACCGUCAAAGAUGCCAAGGAAACCGACGCGGACGCGGCUGCAGAUGCCCCAAAGACCGCAGAGGAUGCCGCCAAAGAUGUCGAGCAACGGAUCCCCGGCCUCGAGACCCUCGAAGGCAAGGUCUGCAACAAGCUAGGCUACAUCAUCAACCAGUCCACAGGCAAGCCUGUUGGCCAACUCACCGAAGGUGACACUAAGAAAAUAUCCAAGCUCGGCGCCACACUCGACGACAAGGGCCAGUUCUGGGAUAACCGCGGCAACGUGAUCGGCAAAGCCAAAGCUCUCCCAAUUUAUGAGGAUGAAGGUGAAGAAGGCACCUUCUCCGGUCUGGAGGGCCUUGUUGUCAGUGAAGACGGCUUUAUCGAAGACGAGAACUCGACCCGCGUCGGCCGCCUGAUCGAAGGCGACGCGAAGAAACUGAGCGGCCGUGGUGUCGACGAAGAUGGUGAGAUCCUAGAUCGCAAGGGCAACGUCAUCGGGCGCGCCGAGCGCCUCGAACCCAAGGAGGAAGAGGUUGGACCUAAUUUCUCUGCUGUCAAUGGCCUCUCCUGCAACAAGGCUGGCUAUGUCAUCGGACCCGAGGGGUACCCGAUUGCCCGUGUUGUCGAGGGGAAUCCCAAGGAGCUUGCCGGUAAGAAGAUCGAGGACGGCGAGAUCUACAACGGAAAGAAAAUCGUUGGCCGUGUUGAGCUCAUUCCGGAGGAUGAGCUCGAGAGCAAGCCUGAGGGUCCUUUUGCUGGCAUGGAGAGCCUAUUUGUAACCAAGGAUGGAUUUGUCCAGGAUGAUGAGGGUUCCAUUGUUGGUAAGCUUAUUGAAGGUGAUGCUAAGAAGCUCCGAGGUCGCGCUGUCGACGAGGAUGGUGAGAUCACCGACAAGUACGGUAACGUUAAGGGCCGUGCCGAGCCCUACGAGCCUCCCCAGGAGGAGGCACCUGCCGAGGAAGACCUCUCUGUUCUCGAUGGUAAGGUUAUAAAUAAGUCUGGUAACAUUGUCGACCCAGCCACCGGUGCUGUCGUCGGGCGCAUUGUCGAAGGUGACAAGCGCCUCGCUGGAUGCAAGGUCGACGGCAAGGGCCAGAUCUGGGGUGAUGAUGGCAAGGUUGUUGGACGCGCAGAGCUUAUUCCCGGCGCCGAGAAACACAAAGCUGAAGGACCAUUCUACGGCUUCGACAACGCUGUAGUCAGCAGGGACGGAGUCGUGCAAGACGGCGACAAGAUCAUCGGACGUCUGAUUGAAGGCGACGCCAUGCGCCUUCUAGGCCGCAAGGUUGAUGAGGAUGGCGAUGUCCUCGACAAGAACGGCAACACCAUUGGCAAGGUUGAGCGCUGGGAGCCAGAGGAGAAGAAGCGCGAUGUCAACCCCAUGUCUGGGCGUAAGAUCACCAAGGAGGGCGAAGUCCGCGAUGCGGAUGGCAACCUAAUUGGCAAGCUAACUUCAGGUAACCUGGCUACACUGGUAGGCAAGACAGUCGACGACAACGGCUAUGUUGUUGACAACGAUGGAAACAAGAUUGGCGAAUGUACCUUGCUUGAGAACAUCCCCCAGCCAGAACCAGAGGAGCCCGAAGAGGAGGCAGAGGAAGGACCCACGGCCGAGGAGCAGGAGGCUGCAGCCAAGGCCGAGUCCGAUCGCCAGCUCGCGGAGAAGAUGAUCUCCAUCCUCAGCCAGACUCUUGACCGAGUCAAGCCCGCCUGCGAAAAAGCCGACCACACCCCGAAGGAGGAACUCGACGAGGAGAAGCUUGUUCAAACUGUCAAACCGCUUAUCGAAGAGGGAGGCCGCAUUUUGCAAGAGUGCAACGGAGCCGUCCGCGCACUUGAUCCCGAUGGACGCAUUGCUGCGACCGCCAAAGCGCGCGCCGCUUCCCGCAAUGCCACCCCCGAGGAGUACCAGCUUGCCGAUUUAAUCAAGGAGCUCACUGAGACGGUCAUCAAGACCAUUGACAACGGCAAGAGACGCAUCGCUGAUAUGCCCCACGCUAAGAAGAAGCUGAACCCCCUCUGGGGUCUACUCUCCGAGCCAUUGUUCCAGAUUAUCGCUGCCGUUGGCUUGUUACUGAACGGUGUGCUUGGACUGGUAGGUCGUCUGCUUGAUGGUCUUGGUCUUGGUGGGUUGUUGAAUGGUCUGCUUGGCAGUCUCGGACUAGACAAGUUGAUCAAAGGACUUGGUCUGGGUAGUCUAACCGAUGCUCUUGGACUCGGUGGAAAUCAAUGA